AUGACUCCCGAUUUUAGUAAACCACCUGCUGUUUUCUAUGUACAUGCCGCACUAUUUGAUUGCGAUGGAACUCUAGUGAACUCAACGGGUGCAAUUUCAGAAUUCUGGAAAGAGUUUGCAAAGACGAGACCUCACGUCGACGCUAAUGAAAUCAUCAAAACUUCACAUGGUUGUAGGACGUUUGAUGUGAUAGCUAAGUGGUCGCCCGAUGAUGCCGAUGAAAAACAAGUUUCAGAAUGGGAAGGUUCUAUUCCAGAUUCUUUUGGAAAGUAUGCGAAACCAAUUCCUGGAGCUGUCGAGUUAGUCAAGAAAAUUGAUAAGCUAUCCCAUGUCACUAACAGCAAACAUCAAAGGUGGGCUGUCAUAACGUCGGGUACUUUACCGUUGGCUUCGAAAUGGUUGAAGCUCUUAACUAUAGAGCGGCCAGAAUGCUUUGUCACAGCAGAAUCUGUUGAGCAUGGAAAGCCACAUCCACAGGGCUAUCUCACUGCAAGGGAGAAGCUUGGUUAUGGCGCAGCCCACAAGAAAGUAGUGGUUUUUGAAGAUGCGCCUGCGGGUAUAAAAGCUGGAAAAGACGCUGGUGCUAUGAUCGUUGGAAUCUGUUCCACUUAUGAUCCCGAAAAGGUUAGGAAUUCAGGAGCAGAUAUUGUCGUCCAAAAUCUCUCUUCUUUUGAAGUGGAAGAAUAUGAUGCUGACACAGAUGAGUUUAAAAUUGUUGUUAGAGAUUAUUUUUUUGCUAGCGACGAAUAUAUUUCAAAUUAUUAA